GAGCCCCGCGCACCGCCCCGCCCGCCGCCUGCCACCGCCCCCAGCCCCAGAAGCGCCAGCUCGCCCCCUGCGAGGGGGGAGGAGCCACGGCCUCACCGCCCGGCCGCGCGCGGUGCAGAUGUCCCGCCCGCCCGGGCCCCGCCGGCUUCCCGGGACGCGCGCUCCUUCUUCCCCGCCGGCGCGCGCACCCCGGACCGAGCGCGCCCUGAACGUCUGGCGCGCUCGGCCGGACUCUGAGGAACCCGCGGCAGAGCUCGGCUGCAGCAUGGUGAAGGAUGGCGCGGGCUCCCGGCUGAAAGGAAAUCAAAACGCUCCUUUCCUCCCGCGGCUUCUCUUUUCCCCGGGUCCGAGGAGGUUGGCGUUGCCAGGUCCCCGCAAUGUCCCUGGCAUCUUUUACCCUGGGUUGCUGAAGCCUGGGAAGAUGAGGAGCUCCUGCGCUGGACUGGCCCCACCUCCCACUCUGAACCCUCUGGUCGCCUCUGCUCCUGGUGAUGAUGAACAUAGGCAGAGCUGAUGGUGGGGAGCAGCUGUGUACUGCUCCCACUUGUCCCUGGUCAUCACCCUUUCCACGAGGUCUUGUGCGAGUCACCUCCAUUCCUGGGUGAGGGUUAGAAUGACCCAGGGUGAAUUCUUCCCCACAGCACUCCAAGGGUUAGAGAGCAGCUCCUGGCCCCUGCUGGCAACCCCAGGCCCAGGCUCCCCUGCCCAGCAGAAGCCUGAGCCGAGCUUGCCAUUCACCCUGGGCUGGAUCUCAGCUCCAGAAGGAGACUUCGAGAAGAGGCUGCCAAAGAUCCUGGAGGGACUGCUUCAGAGCAGCGCCUUGAAGAGGAAGGAGAGGGAGGCUCCACAGGAAAGUCCCAGGGCCAGGAAGAAGGUCAUGAGGGCGCCAGCCACCUCCCGCUCGUGUGGCAGCACCUGCCUGGAACACCGGGAACAGGAGCUCUUAGAAAACACUGGGCCCAAACCUAGACCCAGCUCCACUGCCCUCUGCCCGUCCAGUCUGGGCCUCUGACCCAACCCUUGUGUCACCAUAAGUAGCCCCUUCUUUCUGGGCCUCAGUUUCCUGGUAUGUAAAGGAAGCUGCUGGACAAGGACAUCUCUCAGGGCCUCUGGGUCCAACAUUAUGGGAUUCCAGAUUCCACAGCCUACCCUUUCCACAGUGCCCCCACCCUGUCAGUUUCAUUCUCUCUGGAUUCUCCACUGCAUUGCCCCUUGAGGAAAUGGCCCAUGAACCUUGUUUUUGGUCAAACCUUAGCUCUCAGCCGGGCGCGGUGGUUCACGCCUGUAAUCUCAGCAAUUUGGGAGGCCAAGGCGGGCGGAUCACAAGGUCAGGAGAACAAGACCAUCCUGGCCAACACCGUGAGACUCCGUCUCUACUAAAAAUAUAAAAAUUAGCCAGGUGUGGCAGUGCACGCCUGUAGUCCCAGCUACUCAGGAGGCUGAGGCAGAAUUGCUUGAACCUGGGAGGCAGAGGUUGCAGUGAGGGGAGAUCACUCCCACUGCACUCCAGCCUGAGCCAUAGAACAAGAUUCCGUCUCAAAAAACACAUAAUACCUUAGCUCUCCUCAAACUGAGAAUUUUAGAGCCUGAUGGGCCCUGAGGGAUAACAGUUCAGCCCAUUAUUUUACAGAUGGAGAAACUGAGGCCCAUCGAGGGGGACCGAGAACCAGUGCCUGGGCUACUUUGCUGGGCAGGUAACUCUCUCGCCCAGUUCUCCUCUCCCCUGCAGUUAAGGCCUUGCCCGGCAGGGGGAGCCAGCGAGGCCCACGAACAGCUAGGGUUGGGCUGGCCAGAAGCAGGACGAAUCCUCCCUCCCUCGAAGGCUGUCCCUCCCCAGAGAAGAAACCCACUUCCCCACUCUCAGCCCCCACACCACCCCAUUCCCCCAGACCUGGGCGCCAGGCACAUGGUGAGGGACACCAGGUAGCCAUUAGAAAUGGCAAAGAGCAGCAUGAAGGUGAUGAAGUAGGCAUCCUGCGGGAAGAGGAUGGGCAGCCGGGACCUCUGGGGCACGUGGCACAGCAUGAAGAGGGGCACGAACAAGAAGCGCAGGCAGACCAGCAGGGGCAGCAGCCGGCUGUCCUCGUCUGGCUGUGGCAGAGGCUGGGGUCAGUGUGGUCCCUGGAGCCAGGUCUAUGCUCCAGGCCAUCUCACAACACCCAGAGGGUACCUUGUUUUCAAGAUAGACUCUCACUCUGUCUCUCAGGCUAAAGUGCAGUGGCCCUGAUCUCAGCUCACUGCACGUCCACUUCCUGGGUUCGAGCAAUCCUCUUGCCUCAGCCUCCUGAGUAGCUGGGACUAUAGGUGCCUGCCACCACCAUGCCCAGAUAAUUUUUCUAUUUUUAGUAGAUGGGGCUUCACCAUGUUAGCCAGCUGGUCUUGAACUCCUAACCUCAAGCGAUCCACCCGCCUCAGCCUCCCAAAGUGCUGGGAUUAUAGGCAUGAGCCACCGCAUCCGCCCCCCCCUUUUUUUUUAUUAAAAAUGUGUGUGUGGGUGUAUAUGUACAGACAAGGUCUCACUGUGUUGCCCAGGCUAGUUUUGAACUCCUGAGCUCAAGCGAUCCUCUUGCCUUGGCCUCCCAAAGUGUUAGGAUUUUGUUUUGUUGUUUUUGUUUUCUGAGACGGAAUCUUGCUCUAUUACCCAGGCUGGAGUGCAGUGGCUCAGUCUUGGCUCACUGCAGCCUCCACCUCCUGGGUUCAAGCAAUUCUUCUGCCUCAGCCUCCCAAGUAGCCAGGAUUACAGGCAUGUGCCACCAUGCCUGGGUGAUUUUUAUAUUUUUAGUAGAGAGAGAGGUGGUUUCAUCAUGUGGGCCAGGUUGGUCUCUAACUCCUGACCUUGUGAUCUACCUGCCUCGGCCUCCCAAAGUGCUGGGAUUACAGGUGUGAGCCACCACACCUGGCCCACCCAUAGGAUAGACCCAUCUGUCACUCUCUAACCUCUUCUGACCUGCCCUGUGAGCCAGUGAGAGUAGACUCAGUGUUGGGGCCUGGGCAGAGGCCACCCAGCAAUCAGGGAUUGGCCAGGGGCUCACCUCUGCUUCUCCCAGGCUCUAGCUUCUGCUCUCCACUGUAAGGCUGGUUGCCUCGCCAGGAGGUUGGACACACCCACCUCUGCACCCGGCACCAGGCUCUGCACUCGGCACCUAGCUCUGCCGCAUGGCUCCCCUGGAAGGCUCUAGCUGAUGCAAGGCUCCUGGCCGGCUUUCCCACCAGAAAACCCGCCAACCAAUGGCAGCCUGCCCCAUCUCAAUCCGGCUCCCCUGGAGUUCAUCAGAGCGCCCAGCUGUUGCUCGUUCCUUCUAGCCAUAAAAACCCCACGCCCCAGGAAGUUGGCGCGACUUUCCUGCCCCCUUUCCCCGGGACCAUGGAAUCUCGCCCGGGAGCUGAAUAAAUUGGAUUUUCAUUUUCUUA